UUCAUACUGGCCGGACCUCCAGCAAACUGGAUGGUUGGCACCUGCUGCAGACGGUGGCUGUCCUUUACCUCGGAACUGGGCGUUUCCUGGGGGCUGGGAAGCACAAGGCCACAGCUUCCCGUCUGCUCAGGCCCAUUUGCUGCCCCCCAUGGUGCAGGGAAGGGGUCUCCCAGACCGCCCAGGCCAGGCAUCCCUCCCUGGCCCUGGGGCCACAGCAAGCCUGGGCGGGCGGGGCCAAAUGAGCCUGGCCUUAAAAGCAGCCAGAGCUGCAGGCGGGCCACUGACGACCAUGACUCCUCGGAACCUGCCGCUGGCCAUGGGCCUGGCCCUGUGCUGCCUCCUGGUGCUGCCUCAGGACGCCUGGGCCAGGCACAAGUUGGGAGGAUUCCAGAACCUGUCGCCCAGCGACCCACAGGUGGAGAAGGUGGUGCAGGUGGCUAUGGCCGACUACAACAAGGGCAGCAACAGCCUGUACUACUUCCGAGACACGAACAUCCUCAAGGCGCAGAGGCAGCUGUUGGCUGGCUUCAAGUACUACUUGACUGUGGAGAUGCAGAGCACAAUCUGCCCGAAGAACAAGGUGGAUGGAAACACCACAGAUGUCACCCACUGCCCCCUGGCCACAGGCGUACAGCAGGAGAAGCUGCACUGCAACUUUGUGGUCUUAGUAGUUUCCUGGAAGAAUAUCUCCUACCUUCAAAAACACAACUGUGUGCACAUGGAGAGCCCUGUGGAGCAACCGGAGGGAGCGGGAGGGCGUGGAUGAGAGCCAGUGAAUCGGUGGAAGGCACUCGCGAGUCUGGGGGCUGCCUCCGUCAGUAAACCGUUAGUACUGCU